AUGCGGCCAGGUACGCGCGCGAGUCUGCGCCUCUUCUGGGCCUUGUGCGCGGGGUCAGUCCUUCUCUUUGAUGAACGUCGCUUCCGUCUCGACUGGGCUGCCAAUGAAGCUGUCGGGACUCUCUCAGCUGCCCCAGUGGCUGCCAAUGCACGAGGCGCGCAUCUCCUGUUGUUGCCCGCUCUCUUCACCGCUGCGGAGGCCGCCGGCGAAAGCGCUGCUGAUCUCGCGGGAAAGGACGGCAUUCCGCCCAGCAAUGCAGCGCAUGAAGGUGAGGCGAACAGUGCUGCGGGAGAGGGCAAGCAGCAAGGAGACUUCUCCCCGGAAGACAGCAACGAUGACUUCGAGAGCGUGACUGUUGAAGAUGACCCGUUUGGCGAAGACAACUAUGACGCGCUCAGAGACCUCGCAGCGCAGCUGAAUCCCGACAAAAAAUCCGCGGGGACCCCCACGGACGUGCAGGAGCCCAACGCCGCCGCGGCAGAGGGGCCGCCGGGACGAGACGAUACAGACAGCAUAGACGAGGUCGAGACCGAAGAGGAGACGUACACGAACUUGCCACUGAAGGACGAGGCCGGAAACAUCCUGCCUCAGUCGCAGAAGAACAGUUUGCUGGAGAGCGUCAAGAAACAGACACAGGGGCACAUGAUGGCCGCACCAAACCGAAAAAUCGUGAAGCUUGCGAUCAAGGGCACGCUGGAAGACAAACUCCUGAAGGAGGAAAAGGAAAAGGAGCAGAGACGGCAGAAACGGAGAAUGAAACUCGCCCUCGAGCGGCACCAAAGGAAGCAGCAGGAGAAGUUCGACCCGCGAGUCGAGCUCAGCGAGAAGGAAGCGAAGAACAAGAAAAUCAACAAAGUUCUGCAAAAACUCGUUGCAUUCUUUGAAAACCGGUUUUAA